GAAGAGGAGCUCUGGUUGGACCGUUGUUUGUCCCAGUGUGCGUGACGUCAUCUCAAAGAUGCGCACGCUUCAUCUGUGACGCGAAGUCCGCCGUUAAACGAACCUCCCUGCUAAUGCUGUCCACAGCUAAUUCCCAACGCAAUAAUGUCGUUUUGUUGCGUGUCUGGUUGUAAUAACCGUUACACCCCCGGCACUAGCUUAAGAUUUUACAGAAUCCCCGGCGGGAGCCGUCAGUUUCAGGUCAACAGGAGGCGUUUAUGGAUAGAGGCAAUCCAACAAGCCAACGGGAGCAGCAGUGAAAUCGGUGCAGAUGUUCGCAUUUGUGGCGCUCAUUUCGUCACAGGGGAGGCUUCUACGGAUCCAGACAGGCCUAAUUUUGUCCCCACCUUGUUUACAUGCACUAAACAGUGUCAGAAUCCAAGUAAAAAGGCGGAAAGGGCUUCUGGCUGUCAAAAAAGACGCCAACAGAAACCAUAUGGGAAGACCAAAACAACAACAACCACGAGAGAGGUUGCAGAGACCGAAAACACACGGGCUCUGAGAAAGGAUGCAGAGACAGAAAACACACGGGCUCUGAGAAAGGAUGCAGAGACAGAAAACACACGGGCUCUGAGAAAGGAUGCAGAGACAGAAAACACACGGGCUCUGAGAAAGGAUGCAGAGAUAGAAAACACACGUGCUCUGAGAAAGGAUGCAGAGACAGAAAACACACGGGCUCAGAGAAAGGAUGCAGAGACAGAAAACACACGUGCUCUGAGAAAGGAUGCAGAGACAGAAAACACACGGGUUCUGAGAAAGGAUGCAGAGACAGAAAACACACGGGCUCUGAGAAAGGAUGCAGAGACAGAAAACACACGGGCUCUGAGAAAGGAUGCAGAGACAGAAAACACACGGGCUCUGAGAAAGGAUGCAGAGACAGAAAACACACAGGCUCUGAGAAAGGAUGCAGAGACAGAAAACACACGGGCUCUGAGAAAGGAUGCAGAGACAGAAAACACACAGGCUCUGAGAAAGGAUGCAGACACAGAAAACACACGGGCUCUGAGAAAGGAUGCAGAGACAGAAAACACACGUGCUCUGAGAAAGGAUGCAGAGACAGAAAACACACGGGCUCUGAGAAAGGAUGCAGAGACAGAAAACACACGUGCUCUGAGAAAGGAUGCAGAGACAGAAAACACACGGGCUCUGAGAAAGGAUGCAGAGACAGAAAACACACGGGCUCUGAGAAAGGAUGCAGAGACAGAAAACACACGUGCUCUGAGAAAGGAUGCAGAGACAGAAAACACACGGGCUCUGAGAAAGGAUGCAGAGACAGAAAACACACGGGCUCUGAGAAAGGAUGCAGAGACAGAAAACACACGGGUUCUGAGAAAGGAUGCAGAGACAGAAAACACACGGGCUCUGAGAAAGGAUGCAGACACAGAAAACACAGGGGCUCUGAGAAAGGAUGCAGAGACAGAAAACACACAUACUUUGGGAGAGGAUGAAGAGACCAAAAAAUCACCAACCCAACCUGCAUCUGAGUCUCCUUCGGACCACCAGUCCCAUCCCUUGAUGGAAACAGGGGAUGAACUUUUACCAGAAAUCCAAACUUUGUUGUGCACGUCAAUGUCUAAGGAAGAAGAAACAGAAGACAAAAAGAUCUAUGACAAAGACCAAGGUUUGACCAAUAGUGAAAGUAAACCUGAAACGAUCAAACCAGAGAACAAAUCCAGCCUAAACAUCACUCCAUUACAGCAGAAACCACCAGGAGGCAUGUUAAAACAAGAUAAAAUGAAUCCUGUUGUGCUCCUAAAGCCUUUAGUUUUACCACAAGGUGCUUAUCAAGUUGAUCUGAGGAAUGAGACAUUUACUGCCGUCUCACCCAAAGAGCGGCGUGAAGAAACGGACAUGAGUCAGUCGGGUUUAACUGAGCCUUACUUGAACACCAGGGAUCAGCCAUCCUUUCCCUGUAACCUGUGCGAUCGAACUUUCACUACAAGUCACUACCUGAAGCGUCACAAACUGCUUCACGUUCGGGAUGUGAGGAAGUGCCUUAGGUGCGGCGCGCUCUUCUGCCGCCGUCACAACCACGUUUUGUUCCAGACGCGGUCCGAGCCUCUACCCGAGUCUGAGGAAAGUUCCUCCGGCAGUGAAGAUGAACUUCUAGACAAUAAUGUGAGCAAAGAAAAGGACGAAACAAGCAAAAUAACCAAAAUGGUUGACCACACUUUGAAUACACUGACUGAUACACCUCCAGACAGUCCUGCUCUUACUAGCUCACCUCUACUGAAGACUUUCCCUCUGACAGACAUCAGAAAACCUCUCCUGGUCUCGGUGAAACCUGCUGCUGUGCCCUCUCCACCCUCUCCAAUCUUCAGACUCCCAAAUAACCAAGGAACCUUGUUUCGGUUUAAACCACUCUUGUCUGACUCAUCUCCCGCUUUGAUACAACCACAUCUUUCUCAACAACCCCAACUCCCAUCUUCACUAAAGAUCUUUUCGGCUCAGCACCUCACCUCAGCUUUGCUUGACGUUCAGAGAAAUUACGAAUACAUUUUAAGCAAGCCUAAAAAAGAAGUCAAGAUCAAGGAGGAACCAGAAGAGCUAGUUCAAAUUUGCCCAGAUGAGCCACCUGUCAAACAAGUCAAAUUAGAGAAAAUUGCCUAUGACCUGGAGAUUGUAAUCUGAUUUAAAGCUGCUAACCAGACUUCUCUGUGAGAUCAAUCAAACUCACUUUAGAUAAAGGAUGUCGAGUAUAAAACAGCAUGCGAUGGUCCGUCAUUCCUUAUGUUUUACUAUUUUAUUGGAAAUCUCUAAGACAAGAGCUUCCUUUCUCUAAACGGGCUCCCACACUCACAGGCUUCUGGUGACAUCACAUAAGGCACUAAACAGAAGGAGCGGGUCAUUUCAUUUCAUCAACACAAAUGCAAACACAGCAGAGUUUGGAGCAUUUUUUUUUUUCUUCAGUUCACCUUCUAAAAACGUUUUUCUGUGAAAUUGUGUUGUGGAAAUCCAUACGUCAUCACCAAAUUAUGAUUUUAUUACAGAUGUACAUGUUUAAGUGGUGCAGCCAACUACAGUGUGAGCGUAACAUUUGACUAACUGACCUGUCUGCCUACUUUAAAUAUUUUCACUAUUGCUUAUUACGGGACUGGUCCUUUGUGUUAUACAUAUUUCAUACAUAUUGGGAUGUUGACUCAAUUUUGGCAAAUUGUGAGCUCCUCUUUAUCUGUCUUUGUGACUUUAUGUAGUAACUAUACUACUACUGUGUAAUUUGCAAUGCUGACACAUUUUAUAUGUGACAGACUUUUAUUAUACAGCCACUCCAGUAGGCAUUCAAGCUGCAGCUUAUGUUAUGCAUUUCCUGGCAUCAUAUCCAAUCAGUUUUCUGCACACAACUAACAUUAGCAGUAAUGUUUGCAUUAUAAGAUAGGUUUCUUUUCAUUACACUCUGUUCUAUCUACCUCAGCCAGCUGCAAAAAAACAAAUAAAAGUUACUGUUUUGUAUAAUAGAUGAAUGCUGCUUUUGGACAUGAUGUAUACACACAUGCAGAUACUCUAGUAUUUAGGUUAUGAAAGUGUUAGACUUGUAUUGCGUUGUGUGCAAACUAAACAGAAGUGGCAGAAGGCAGGAUUAACAGACUGGGAGAUGAAGUUAACAUUCGGAGGCUUGUUUUCCUUCCAGCAAAUGCCUGUCAGAUUGUAAGCUGUAAACUAGUCCUGUACCUGCUACAGUGAUGAAGUCAAACGCAGAAUUUUGUUGCCUCUGACUUAGUUUUACAAGUUAACAAAGUAGCUUUAUUACGCUUGUUUGUUUUACUUCCUGCAGAUCAUUGGAGAAAAACCUUUGCACUGUGUCUAUCUUUACCUCACGAGCAAUGUCCUGGCAUUAAUGUUUUCCAAGGAGGUCCUCAGACGUUUUUUGUAAAAGUAUAGAUUUUGUAAGAACCUGUAAGCAUUUGUUUUUUAUUCUUCAUAUUCACUUUCUAGAGCCAUGUGAGCGAAAAUUAAUGCAAGUCACUGUAUGAUUUCUUUUGUUUUUGUCUUUUAUUUCACUUUGACACAAAGCAUCAGUUAUGUUGCUCUUAGGAUGUAGUUUGUACCUCAAAUAUAUUAAAAUAAAAUGGAAUAUUGAA